AUGAUAAAGAAUUGGGAGGGAGUUUCUAUAGUGUUCGCGUACUCCCACUCACUGGAAACCAGUUUACGAAAUGAGAUAUUCAAUGGCUACAAUAAGGACGCCAGACCGGUACAGAAAACCAUUGUCAUCUGUAAUGUCAAAAUCCUGUCACUCAAAGACAUUAACACAAGAGAUCAAACAAUGACAACAGUGGCGUACUUUUCCUUUUCUUGGGACGAUACCCGGCUGUCAUGGGCUUCAAAACCAGCAUACUCUUCAGACAUAGAAAGAAUAUACAGCACGGAAACUGUGUUAUUUACACCCUCCGUGGUGGUGGAAAAUUCCAUUAAUGAUCUGGGUGUUAUUAGCGACAAAACCCUUCCAAUGAGGAUUGAUAAGAGUGGGCAAGUCACGUGGUCCCCUGGGAACAUCUACGAGACAUCAUGUGACAUUGAUACUACUCUUUAUCCCUUUGACAAACAGACAUGUUCCAUUACCUUAACAACCAGGGGAUACAUUCGAACAGAAGUAGAGCUAAGGCUUGGUAAAAUGCCUAUAGUUCUGACAGCUUAUCAGGAAAAUGGUGAAUGGGACUAUAUAUCCAGUUCAAGUGACGUCAGCAUCACAACACGUGAUUUGUUGCAAUACUCUACACUCACUUUUACUUUCACUUUCCAACGUCGGUCAUCGUAUCACUUGAUAUCAACCAUUAUCCCGAUGUUUUUACUUGCAUUUAUGAGCUGCUAUGUCUUCAAACUUCCAGUUGAUGCUGGAGAGAAGCUUGGGUACUGCCUCACAGUUUUAUUAGCAUUUGCCGUCUACCUGACAUUGGUUUCAGACAAUAUUCCUACAACAUCAACAACAAUAUCUUACUUAUCUGUGUAUUUGCUGUUGAUGCUGGGAAUGGGUGUGAUUUCUGUUCUUCUGACUAUACACGUGAUAGAUAUUAACUUUACAUCUGAGGAGGAGGAAAUCCCCCGGUGUCUGCGUAGAAUAACAAGAAUUAUUUCGAAAGUCGUUUGCUGGAAGAGCAACGGAGUCUGUUGCAAAGGACGUAACUCUUCUGUAUCUGUCAUCAACGUUAAAAGCAAAGACGUGCGUCUACAUUCAAAGAAGGCGGACAUCGAUGCUAAUUUGGAUGAUGAUGUCAAAGAGGAAGACUUUUCCUGGCAGGAUAUAGCAAAGGUUUUGGACAUAUUUCUGUUCCGAGUUUACCUUUGUCUAGUCAUAAUGCUGUCUGUUAUGUUCAUAAGCGUUAUUUCUUUUGGUACACUUUGGUAAAAUUUCCCGUUGCUCAUGUUUCAUAGUCAGAGGUUGUCUCUUAGAUGGACCUAUUAACAAUGCUUGAACUGUUCUAGAAAUGAAACUUUAUUUCUUUACAGUAUUUACCCAGUUUUAAGUCCCCAGUAAGAUUAACCGUGAGUGGAAGUGCAUCCCAAAAGUGUCCGUCUUCAAAUUUUGUGAAAAUAUCUAUGGGAUUUAUAUCAUUUAAUAUUUAUAAAAUGUUCAAAGUUUUAAUUUAUCAAAACGUAUG